AAAGUGCUGCGACCUGCGAGUAGUUAAAAAAUUUCCGGCAACCUCUCUGAGAGUUGACUAUUUCGUAUAAAAUCUACUUAUGACAACUCGUGCGAGGAUUUUUACUACAAAAAUGAACAGGGGCUCUAUUUUGUAAAACGAUUAUCGUUGAAAUUACUUCGUUUUCGUUGAAAUGCGACUACGUAUUACGAUAAUCGUUUUACUUCAACGAUACUCGUUAAUCUUUACGACUGCCAUUUACAUAUCGUUUAACUUUCGUUUUCGUUUGGCUGUUAUAAUAUUAUUGCGUUUGCUGGUAGAAUUCAUGUGAUCCUCAAAAAAAUAUUUUUUUCGGUUUAGUUUGGCCAAACGAGUUUCUCGUUUAACAUAGUCGCUCUUUGUCGUGGCUAUCAUUUACUUAAGUAUCGUAUUACGUAAUAGACCCCCAGGCAUCUUAAGUGAGUAAAGUAAGCAAGACUUUGUUUCGUUUGUGUUUGGAAACAUUACAAAUAUUAAAACAUAGUUUAUGAUCCAUCACAUUAUGUGCGACCGCCAACCAUAUUGGAUAUUAUUGCCGAUCCUUAUCUGGAUCUGUAGCAUUGGAUAUGGAAUAAGCCAGAGUCAAAAUGCUAUCGGGCGCCAUCGAAAUUUCCCCAAAACAUCCUUCACCUGUACUGGUCGUCCAGCUGGCUAUUAUGCUGACAUCGAGACAGGCUGUCAAGUCUAUCACAUGUGCGAUGGUUUGGGCCGACAAUUUAGCUAUUCAUGUCCGAAUACAACAUUGUUUCAGCAACGGAUGUUGAUUUGUGAUCAUUGGUAUAUGGUGAAUUGUUCCAAAGCGGAAAUGGAUUAUGCAGCGAAUUUAUUGAUUGGUCAAAGAGACAAACCAUUUGUACCUGAUGAAGAGAAUCAUUUACGAACUCCACGUCCUGAUUUACUUGAUCGUCCUUAUGCUCCAGAUUAUUCAGGGGAAUCAUUCAGAAAUCAAUUCAAACAACUUCCUGCAGUACAAAAUAGUAUAACAGAUUUCAAUGAACGCAAGAAUCUCGACAAGACACUAACUAUAAACCAUCCUUCGCCAACACCCACUCGUUGGAAGAUCCCUCAACCAAGUCGAGAGAUUCUUCCACCUGCUCCACCUGCUCCGUCAUUGCCAUCUUUGCCUUUGACAACCCGAAGACCUCCAGUGGUUGCUAGUCCAGCACCAAGACCUCAAACUUCCACAACACAUUUCCAGACAGUUACUACAACAACUCCAGUGCCAUUUAUUGUCAACCGACAAUCGGACACUUCUGAUGAGCUCCUUGGAACUGCUCAUAGUACACGAUAUAACACUUCUGGGGACAAUUCAGCAGAAGAUAAAAACACAAAGUCGACUUCGACAAAGCCUCCAGCAAUAAAAACACCUUCCCGAAUUUAUGAACCACCAUUUUUGUAUCCCAUCUACAAUAUGGACGAUGCUGUCCAAUCUACUGAAAUUCCACUACAAAGUUCCACAGCUGCUCCUUUCACUGUGAAAGUUACUACAACUACGACGAGUACGACAACUCCUCGACCACCAACAAGACCUACAACCUUAGCUGGGAAGCCUUUUACAGUGGAGUCAACAACUUUGACAGCGGCGGCAUCAAAAGUUACCCAAUCGACAGAUUCCGCCUUGGAUUAUAGUAUUCCUGCAGCAGGAGCUAAGACUUUCCCACUACCAUCACCUUUCUCAGCUCCGAAGGCCGUUGCAAACAGUGUAGCUCCACCAUCUCGGGAGCUUCUUCCUCCACUGUCUGAUAUUAUUCUGCAUGACGUUGCCACAACUCAAGGUCCGCCAAUCUAUUUUGAAUGGAAGAUCCCCUCAAAUGGUCUAGAACCUCCGAAAUUUGAGUCCCCUAUCGGAGUUGACGGUCGGGAAGAACAAGAUGCCCCACUGUCAUACACUCCAUCAUCGGAACAAGUCAAAUUACCCAUUUCGACAACAGCGAAAUCAACGACGCCAAAUACCAACCAGUAUGCUGGCAAUCCCUUUCUCUCGAAUAAGACUCAACGUUCCAUAGAUUCUUCGACUUCUCGAACACCAACAUCAAGAUCAAUCAAAAAUUUCCCCUCCCCUGGAACAGAAGAGAAUAAAAUCUCUCCAACUCUUCCAACCGAACAGGAUAUCAAUCAACUGAGAAUGGAUUUCUCAGUGCCAGACUAUCUCUUCCCCCUGGAAAAUAUCGGACGAACCGGUUACGAACAUUCGGAUACAUUUAAUUCGUUUCAGCUGAAAAUCCCUCAGCGAAGGGUUGAUGUUGAAGCGCCAUCUGCCGAUCGAUGGUAUGGUGAGAAUCCAAAAUGCCCUCAAUGCCAUCCGAGUUUUGUUAAACCUGGAACGUGUGAACCAUGUUUAAGAAGAUAAAAGUAGUUAUUUUUUGUUGAUUGUUGACGGAGGAGUAGUUUUUAAGAUUAAAAACAAAAAAGACAAAAAAAUAGAAUUAAAUAUUUUGUACAUAUUAUUGUUUAUCCGAGAGAAAGAGAGAGAAAGAGUGUGUGCUCUAACCAUUAAAAUAAAAAAAAAAUCUAUACAUAAAU